UAUAGUUCACUUAAAGAAAAAUACAAUAAUUCCAGAGAAAAUUCAAACAUCGGGUCAACAACUAUCAUAGUACAUGAAUGUCACACAGACAUGCCAGUCCUCAAGACACAACAUCGAUUAGCAAACGGCAGCCACCGAUUGGUUUCAUUGCUAAAAGCAUCUUCCUUCAGUUAUCUGCACGGGGAGUUACCACCCCUCAAAGUAAAACCAGAAGAUGCCCUCGGGAUCGAGAUGGACAGCUGGGUGGAGGAGAAAACAUUCUUGUUUGACACAUCAUCAUCAUCAUCAAGAAAAUGGCGUCACUUAUGGGCUCAAAAGCAUGGGCCAUAUUUUGUGGGGCUGAGGACAAGCCCAGGAACUGAGUAUCGGGUUUCUGUUUCAGAAGGGAGCUCGAGGAGACUUGAGUGGGCAUGA